AUGGAGCAACAUUUCUCUCAUCUCAUUUCUCCUGCUUACAUAUCAUCAGCAUCAGCCUACGAGCAGAGGAAGGCAGGAGAACAACCGAAGAAAGCGACCACGACCACAGUGGAGAAUGUUCCGGCAAGGAAGCAGGCGGUAAAGGAACGUGACAUCAACGAAAGCGCCGAGGCAUUUAUACAGAGGUUCAGAAAGCAGCUUCUUCUCACAACGGCUGGAAUCAACUGUUAA